AUGCUGAUCUUCUUUCUCCACGGUGUGCGGAUGAUCCAAGCGGCGCUCCAUAUCCGCCGUCGUCUUCGCCUCCGUCAGCGCGGUGUCCGCGCCAAGAUCCCCGCCGCACUGGCCGACGAUGUUCCCGUCGCGAUCCCCGCCGCUCUGGUCGACGCUGUCCCGGGCGAGAUCCCCGUCGCACUGGCCGAUGAUGCCCCGCCGCACUGCCGGCGCUGUCCCGGACGCGAUCCUCCCCGUUCCUCUUGGACCACGAUGGAGGUUUCAUGA